AUGAAGUCGGAUUAUAAAAUCGAAGCUCCAAAGAAACACAGCCAAGAAAAGGUGUUUCGUGCCAUCACGGAUGUCUACCGAGAUGAAGGAGUGAAACCGACUUCACACCAAGAGAGCCUUGCCACUCUGGUGGAGAGGGCUGAGAGACUGCUGAAGGGUAGAGCUGAAGGGGGAGACAAGCAGGCCCUUUUCCUGCUGGGACAGCUGUACUAUUAUGAGGGACGCUAUGAGGAGGCAGACAGAGUCUUUGACGGCCUUAAGGACAGCGACCCCAGAGCCCUCUUCCAGCUAGCUGUCAUGUAUUAUGAUGGCCUGGGCACUGCUAUGGAUCAAGCAAGGGCAGUGGACUACAUGAGGAGAGUAGUCCAGUGGAACAGCCCAGAGGCAGGCUCCAUCAGAUACACUGCUCUGUAUCACAUUGGCAUAGCCUACCUGGAGGGCUAUGGGGUCCAGCAAUCCAAUACAGAAGCAGAAAGUUACUGGCUCCUUGCUGCUAAUGAGGGAAACCCCAACGCCUGUGUAAAAGCUCAGAGUUCUCUGGGUAUGUUCUACUCUAGACCUGAGACACAGGACCUCAAAAGGGCGUUCUUCUGGCACUCAGAGGCCUGUGGCAAUGGCAGUCUGGAGUCCCAGGGCGCACUGGGGAUCAUGUACUUGUAUGGUCAGGGCAUCCAGCAGGACCCCAAGGCUGCCAUUCAGUGCCUGAAGGAAGCGGCUGAGCGGGGGAAUGUGUACGCCCAGGCCCACCUGGCUGCCUACUACUACCACAGGAAGCUCUACUCCAGAGCAGCAGCCCUUGCCAAAAGGAUUACCAAUUACGAUGACAUUGCUGCUAUCGCCAUGGUCACCGACUGCCUGCCUGAAUACGUCAUUAAGGGCGUGGCCAUUGCUCUUUUCUACUACGCCCGCUGUCUGGAACUGGGAAAGGGGGUUCCUCAGAGCAAGGAGAAGGCCUGGCACUACUUCACUAAGGCUGCUCGGCUAAGCCCAGAAGUGUGCCAGGACCUCCAGAGGGACAUCAUCUUUAGCAGAAUGUAG